AUAGAAGCUAAAUCAACCGUUUCAUAAGUGCUAGCUUCCCAAAUAGAAAUGUCUGCUUACGCCUGUUUCAUAUUCCUUUUUGUCUUCUCAUCUCUCACGAGCUCCACUGUUUGGGCUCAAAAUCAUACUUAUGUUGGCCAUGCCUGUCGGGAUGAGAGAACUUUCACUAGAAACAGCACUUACUUCACCAAUCUCAAAACCCUUUGGUCCUCUCUCUCUUCCCGCAACGCCUCUUACACCACCGGAUUCCAAAACGCAACGGCUGGACAAGAACCCGACAAAGUCACCGGACUUUUCCUCUGCCGUGGAGACUUAUCCCCUGAAGUUUGCCGUAGCUGCGUCACUUUUUCCAUAAACGAAUCCUUAACUCUGUGUCCAAAUCAGAGAGAAGGCGUGCUCUAUUACGAUGAGUGUAUGCUCAGAUACUCUGACCGGAAUAUUCUUUCCACCGUGUCACUAGACGGUGUUGGUCUCGGUGCACUGUCCACUAGUAGCAACAAGGAUGUUCCAUCUAACCAAUUCCAACUAUUCAACAAGGUGUUGCUACUCACCAUGAACCAAGCCGCCAGCUAUGCCGCGGUAAGUUCUAGAAAAUUUGAUGCGAGAAAAGCCAAUAUCACAGCAUCCCAAACUGUGUACGGAUUGGUUCAGUGCACUCCCGAUCUGACAACACAAGACUGUUACACUUGUCUGCAAAAAGCCACCAAUCAAUUAGCCACUAACAAACUUGGCGGAAGGAGUCUUUUUCCGAGUUGUAGUUCCAGAUUCGAUAUUAGCCCAUUCUACAACGAAACCGCCGUUAGACCUCCACCACCGCCAGUUUCAGCUCCUCCACUACCUACAGGGAAAGGUGGGAAAUCAAAGUUACUAGUCUUACCAAUUGUUGCGUCUACUAUAGUGGUUGUUCUACUUCUCAUAGCUUGUUAUCGUUUUAUUUCAAAGAAGGCUCAUCAUAAGGCGCCUGCAUUUGAUGGAGAUGAAGGAGCAACCGCAGACUCGCUGAAACUUGACUACAAAACAAUUCAAGCUGCAACCAAUGGUUUUUCAGAGAGUAACAAGAUUGGUCGAGGUGGAUUUGGCGAGGUUUACAAGGGUACUUUUUCAAAUGGGACUGUAGUUGCGGUGAAGAGACUGUCGAAAACAUCAGGACAAGGGGAAGUAGAGUUUAAGAACGAAGUUGUAGUGGUUGCAAAGCUUCAGCAUAGAAAUCUGGUUAGGCUUCUCGGGUUUUGUUUAGAAGGAGAAGAAAGAAUACUAGUCUACGAGUUUGUGCCCAACAAAAGCCUCGAUAGCUUCCUGUUCGAUCCUUCAAAGCAAGGUGAGCUGGACUGGACUCGACGUUACAAGAUUAUUGGAGGAAUUGCUAGAGGAAUUCUAUAUCUCCAUCAAGAUUCACAGCUCACAAUCAUACACCGUGACCUCAAAGCGAGUAACAUUCUCCUAGACGCAGAUAUGAAUCCAAAAAUCGCUGAUUUUGGAAUGGCAAGGAUAUUUGGAAUGGACCACUCCGCAGAGAACACAAACAGGAUAGUUGGAACCUAUGGGUACAUGGCUCCAGAGUAUGCGAUGCAAGGUCAGUAUUCGAUAAAAUCGGAUGUAUAUAGCUUUGGAGUGUCAGUACUUGAGAUAAUAAGUGGCAAGAAGAAUAGUAGCUUCUACCAAACAGAUGGCGCACAUGACUUGCUCUCAUAUGCUUGGAGGCUUUGGAGAAAUGGGACACCGUUAGACCUUGUGGAUCCGGUUAUUAUACAUAAUUGCCAAAGGGAUGAGUUGGUUAGAUGUAUCCAUAUCGGUCUUUUAUGUGUUCAAGAAGAUCCUGUAGACCGUCCAACCUUAUCAGCCAUCGUUCUAAUGCUCACUAGUAACACCGUGACUUUACCGGUGCCUAAGGAACCAGGGCUUUUCUUUCAGAGUAGAUCCAAAGAAGGCCUGAUUAAUUCAGAACAAUCUUUUAAAAGCAGAUCUGUUCCUUGGUCUGUUGACGACUCCACGAUCACCGAUCUAUAUCCUCGUUGAAAAUGACAUGUUUAUCUUCAUGCGUAAAUCAACUGGUGGUAUUGGAUAUUAGUUUGAAACUUAUUUCGUUGUAAUAUUAUAUAUAUGCUAUUGUAAAUGGGCUUAUAAAAUCUAUGCUAUGCUAUUUGUAACAA